CCAAUUUUCCAAAACCCCGAACCCGAAGCAUAAAUCUCCAAGACCCGAACUUUCACACUCUCCACACCCCAAAUUCCAAUGCACCUCUACAGUCUCACUCUCCAGCGCGCGACGGGCAUAGUCUGCGCCAUCAGCGGCAACUUCUCCGGCGAAAAGACCCCAGAAAUCGCCGUCGCCCGAGGCAAAGUCCUCGACCUUCUCCGCCCCGACGCCGCCGGUAAGAUCCAGACUCUCCUCUCCGUUGAAAUUUUCGGCGCCAUUAGGUCUUUAGCUCCGUUUAGGCUUACCGGCUCCCGAAAAGACUACAUUGUCGUCGGCUCCGAUUCCGGCCGAAUCGUAAUACUAGAAUACAACAAAGAUAAGAAUGUAUUUAAUAAAAUUCACCAAGAGACCUUCGGAAAAUCCGGGUCUCGCCGGAUUGUUCCGGGUCAGUACUUGGCGGUUGACCCGAAAGGCAGGGCUGUUAUGGUUGGAGCCUGUGAGAAGCAGAAGCUAGUGUACAUUUUGAAUAGGGAUGUAGCUAACAGGUUGACUAUAUCGUCGCCGUUGGAGGCACAUAAGUCUCAUAAUAUAGUGUUUUCGAUUUGUGGGGUUGAUUGUGGGUUUGAUAAUCCUGUAUUUGCUGCCAUUGAGCUGGAUUAUUCCGAGUUGGAUCAGGAUUCGAGUGGGGAGGUGGCUCGGAAGUAUGUGACUUUCUAUGAGCUUGAUUUGGGGCUUAACCAUGUGUGUAGGAAGUGGUCUGAUCAGGUUGAUGAUGGGGCGAAUUUGCUGGUUAUGGUGCCGGGAGGUGGGGAUGGGCCGAGUGGAGUGUUGGUUUGUGCAGAAAAUUUUGUGAUUUAUAAGAAUCAGGGACAGGGGGAUGUGAGGGCUGUGAUUCCUAGGCGUGCUGAUUUGCCUGCGCAGCGUGGGGUUCUUAUAGUUUCGGCAGCUACUUAUAAGCUGAAGUCCAUGUUCUUUUUUCUUUUGCAGACUGAGUAUGGGGAUAUAUUCAAGGUGACUUUGGAGCAUAAUGAUGAUGUUGUCUCGGAAUUGAAGAUCAAGUACUUUGAUACAAUCCCAGUCACAACUUCAAUGUGUGUGUUGAAUUCGCAGCUUUUGUUUGCUGCUUCGGAGUUUGGGAAUCACGCUUUGUAUCAGUUCCAGGCAAUAGGCGAAGAUCCUGAUGUGGAGUCCUCCUCAGCUUUGUUCAUGGAAACUGAAGAGGAUUUCCAGCCAUUGUGUUUCCAACCUAGAAAACUUAAGAACCUUGUUGGGAUUGAUCAGGUUGAGAGCUUGAUGCCGAUAACGGACAUGAAGGUCUCUAAUCUGUUUGAAGAAGAAACACCUCAAAUAUUUACGCUUUGUGGCCAGGGUCCUCGUUCAUCUCUCAGGAUACUAAGACCUGGUUUGGCUAUCAGUGAGAUGGCUGUGUCAGAGCUUCCUGGCAUACCGAGUGCUGUCUGGACAGUGAAAAAGAAGGUGACUGAUGAGUUUGAUGCAUACAUUGUGGUGUCAUUUGCAAACGCUACUCUUGUGUUUUCAAUUGGUGAGAGAAUCGAAGAAGUUAUUGACAGUGGUUUUCUUGAUACUACCCCUUCACUUGCCGUGUCUUUGAUAGGUGAUGAUGCUCUCAUGCAAGUUCACCCAAAUGGCAUUAGGCAUAUUAGGGAAGGUGGACAUAUCAAUGAAUGGAGAACUCCUGGAAAGAGAACGAUUAUAAUGGUUGGCUCUAAUAGACUUCAGGUGGUCAUUGCUUUGAGUGGAGGAGAACUUAUAUACUUUGAUGUUGAUAUGACUGGUCAACUGGUGGAGGUUGAGAAGCAUGAAUUGUCUGGAGAUGUAGCUUGUCUGGACAUUGCCCCAGUACCUGAAGGGAGACAAAGAUCUCGUUUCCUUGCAGUUGGCUCAUAUGACAACACGAUUUGUAUUUUGUCUUUGGAUCCUGAUGACUGUAUGCAGAUUCUGAGUGUUCAAAGUGUCUCUUCAAUUCCAGAAUCUCUCCUCUUUCUUGAGGCUCAGGCAUCAGUUAGUGGUGAGGAUGGUGCGGAUCAUCCUGCCAACCUUUUCCUUUAUGCCGGUCUACGAACUGGGAUUUUGUUCAGAACAGUGGUGGAUAUGGUGACAGGUCAGCUUUCUGAUUCCCAUUCUCGAUUCUUAGGACUAAGAGCUCCUAAGCUAUUUUCUAUUAAUAUAAGAGGCAAGCAUGCCAUGCUUUGUUUGUCAUGUCGGCCCUGGCUUGGUUAUAUUCAUCAAAGACAUUUUCUGUUAACACCACUAUCGUAUGAGACUAUUGAAUAUGUGGCCUCAUUUUCAUCUGAUCAAUGUGCGGAAGGUGUAGUUGCUGUUGCUGGCAGUUCUUUGAGGGUUUUAACUAUUGAAAGAUUGGAAGAAACAUUUAAUGAAACUGUGAUUCCUCUGAGGUAUACCCCUAGAAAGUUUUUGGUUCAAGUGAAACGAAAGCUUUUGGUAAUUAUUGAAAGUGAUCAAGGAGCAUUCACAGCAGAAGAGCGUAAAACUGCAAAAAGGAAAACUAGGAAGGAUGUUGAUGAAGAUUUCUCUCCACCAAGGAAGCGUAGGAACACUAGUAGCAAUGGUGGUGCAGAUCUUUCUCCACCAAAGGAGUGCUUUGAGGCUGCAGAAAUAGGUGAAAAAAGAAAUGGUAAUGUGGAGCAGAUGGAAAAUGAUGAUAAUGAGGAUGAUCCCCUCUCUGAUGAGCACUAUGGCUAUCCCAAGGCAGAGUCUGACAAAUGGGUUUCUUGCAUUAGAGUUCUUGACCCAAAGACAGCAACUACAACUUGUUUGCUGGAGCUCGAUAACGAAGCUGCAAUCAGUGUAUGUACAGUGAAUUUUCAUGAUAACGCCGGCCUGGUUGGGGCAACUCCUCCGAAGGAGUAUGGUACGCUUUUGGCUGUUGGAACCACAAAGGGACUUCAAUUUUGGCCCAAGAAAAGUAUAACCGGAGGAUUUAUUCAUAUAUAUCGAUUUCUUGAUGAUGGAAAGUCCCUUGAACUUUUGCACAAGACAGAAGUGGAUGGUGUUCCUCUUGCUUUAUGUCAGUUUCAGGGAAGGUUACUAGCAGGGAUAGGAUCAGUGCUCAGACUAUAUGAUUUGGGGAGAAAAAGAUUGCUUAGGAAAUGUGAGAAUAAGCUGUUUCCCAACAAUAUUGUAUCCAUUCACACCUAUCGUGAUCGAAUAUAUGUAGGUGACAUUCAGGAGUCAUUCCACUACUGCAAGUAUAGGCGGGAUGAGAAUCAGCUGUAUAUAUUUGCUGAUGAUCGUGUUCCAAGAUGGCUGACAGCAUCGUUCCAUAUUGAUUUUGACACGAUGGCAGGUGCGGACAAGUUUGGGAAUGUGUGCUUUGUGCGGUUACCACAGGAUGUUUCAGAUGGGAUAGAAGAAGAUCCAACAGGUGGGAGGAUAAAAUGGAAGCAGGGGAAGUUGAAUGGUGCUCCAAACAAAGUGGAGGAGAUCGUGCAGUUUCAUGUUGGCGAUGUAGUCAGCUACUUGCAGAAGGCAUCUCUCAUUCCAGGUGGUGGUGAGUGCAUCAUUUACGGGACAGUGAUGGGUAGCUUGGGUGCAUUGUUUGCAUUCACUUCCCGUGAUGACGUUGUCUUCUUUUCUCACCUGGAGAUGUAUAUGAGGCAGGAACAUCCACCCUUGUGUGGGAGAGAUCACAUGGCUUAUAGAUCAGCUUAUUUCCCGGUUAAGGAUGUGAUUGAUGGAGAUCUUUGCGAGCAGUACCCAACACUGCCUAUGGAUGUACAGAGGAAAAUUGCAGUCGAGUUGGAUAGGACUCCUGGAGAGAUACUAAAGAAACUCGAGGAAAUUCGAAAUAAGAUCAUUUAAGAAAGAACAAGCUCAAAAGGAUCCUCCUGUUCCUUUUUCAUACCUUGUGCAUUUAGUGUCCCUGAACUGAUAUCGUUGUUUUGGUCGAACAGAUGAUUGAUACUGAUGAGAAUUUGGUUUAUGUGUGCAGGUCAAUUUUGAGAUGCAAAUGGCACAUGAAUGUUUGGAUUAACCAGAAGUGUUAUCAAAAGAAGCGCUGUGCAUCUUGUAGACACCCUUUUAUGUUGCAAUUUCUCUUAAUGGAUUUUGUUUUCCAUUCCUGUUCCUUCUCUGUUUAACAAUAUGUAUGGUUUUUUAUUUAUGAUAAUUUGAAUUGCUCAAAAAUCCAAUUGCAAUGUGAUCGAUUUCCUUACUUUACAACUUAACUGAAGCGGCAAUGCUGUGUUGUUAAGUGAUAAAUAGUGCAUAAAACAGGACAUGUACGAGAAACAUGCAUGUACCACAAUUUACUCUUGAUUACUCAGUUCAUCCAAUUUUUUAGGCAGAUCACUUGGAAAAUCAGGAACGGGAUAAAGUCCAAUGAUGACUACAACUGCUCCAACAACACUACACAACAAUGACUAACAGGAUUUUCACCAACACACGAUUCACGGAGAGAUACUGAAGAAACUUAAGGAAGUUCGAAAUAAGAUCAUUGAAGAAAGACAAGCUCAAAGAUAGCCUCCUGAUAUUUGUCAUACCUUGUGGAUUUA